GCCGGCUCCGCGGCUCUCGCGGUGUUUGCGUGAGACUGCGCUCUUCCUUCCUCCCCGGCCGGCCGGCCGCCUUCAUUCCGUUCCCCGCCCGGCCUCCCCUCGUUCCCCGCGGGCCCCUCCUCGCGGGCUAAUAUGGUCUCCAGCGAUGGACGCCCCAAGUGCAGGAGACACCUUUGAGUACCUUAUUGAAACAUUAAAUGACAGUUCACAUAAGAAGUUCUUCAAUCUACCUAAGCUUGGAGGCACCAAGUAUGAUAUCCUGCCUUACUCAAUACGGGUCCUGUUGGAAGCUGCUGUGCGAAAUUUUGAUGGCUUUUUCGUGAAAAGGGAAGAUGUCAUGAACAUUUUAGACUGGAAAACCAAACAAAGCAAUGUCGAAGUGCCCUUUUUCCCUGCCCGUGUUCUGCUUCAAGAUUUUACUGGAAUACCGGCAAUGGUGGAUUUUGCUGCUAUGAGGGAGGCAGUGAAAACGCUUGGAGGCGAUCCUAAGAAAGUCCAUCCUGCCUGUCCGACAGAUCUCACGGUUGACCAUUCUUUACAGAUUGACUUCAAUAAAUGUGCAAUACAGAAUGCUCCAAACCCUGGAGGAGGUGACCCGCAGAGAGCAGGAAAGCUCUCUCCACUUAAAGUGCAGCCGAGGAAGCUCCCCUGCAGAGGCCAGACUGCCUGCCGUGGAUCCUGUGACUCUGGAGAACUAGGCCGCAGCUCAGGAAAAUCGUCCUCACAGAUCGAGAACACACCCAUUCUGUGUCCUUUUCAUCUGCAACCAGUGCCUGAACCUGAAACAGUGUUAAAAAAUCAAGAAGUAGAAUUCGGCAGAAAUCGAGAGAGACUUCAAUUUUUCAAGUGGAGUUCAAGAGUGUUUAAGAAUGUGGCUGUAAUCCCGCCCGGAACUGGAAUGGCUCAUCAAGUCAACUUGGAGUAUUUGUCCAGGGUGGUUUCUGAAGAUAAGGACCUCCUCUUUCCAGACAGUGUCGUUGGCACGGAUUCUCACGUGACCAUGGUGAACGGCCUGGGGAUCCUGGGGUGGGGGGUUGGAGGCAUUGAGACAGAAUCAGUUAUGCUUGGGCUGCCUGUUUCUCUGACUUUACCGGAGGUGGUUGGAUGUGAGUUAACUGGCUCAUCAAACGCUUUUGUUACAUCCAUAGAUGUUGUUCUUGGCAUCACAAAGCACCUCAGGCAAGCAGGAGUGGCUGGGAAGUUUGUGGAGUUUUUUGGAAGUGGAGUUUCACAGUUAUCUGUAGUGGAUCGAACUACAAUAGCAAACAUGUGUCCAGAAUAUGGUGCUAUCCUCAGCUUUUUCCCUGUUGACAAUGUGACAUUAAAACAUUUAGGACAUACAGGUUUUGACAAAGCCAAACUCGAGACAAUGGAAACAUACCUUAAAGCUGUGAAAUUGUUUCGAAAUGAUGAGAAUAAUUCAGGAGAACCUGAAUACUCCCAGGUGAUCCAGAUUAACCUGAAUUCAAUAGUUCCAUCUGUCAGUGGUCCAAAAAGACCGCAGGAUAGGGUUGCUGUGACAGAUAUGAAGAGUGACUUCCAAGCUUGCUUAAGUGAGAAGGUGGGAUUCAAAGGCUUCCAAAUUGCAGCUGAAAAGCAGAACGAUGCCGUCUCUAUUCGCUAUGAAGGACGUGACUACCGGCUGUCCCACGGGUCCGUGGUCAUCGCUGCAGUCACCAGCUGCACCAACAACUGUAACCCGUCUGCCAUGCUGGCCGCAGGUCUUUUGGCUAAGAAAGCUGUUGAAGCUGGUCUGCAUGUUAAACCUUACAUAAGAACGAGUUUAUCUCCAGGCAGUGGGAUGGUUACACAUUACCUCAGUUCCAGCGGAGUGUUGCCGUAUCUUAGUCAGCUCGGAUUUGAAAUAGUGGGCUAUGGAUGUUCUACGUGCGUGGGGAAUACAGCGCCCUUAUCAGAAGCAGUUCUGAAUGCAGUGAAGCAGGGUGAUUUGGUUACUUGUGGAGUUUUAUCUGGAAACAAAAGUUUUGAAGGUCGUCUCUGUGAUUGCGUUCGUGCCAAUUACCUCGCCUCUCCACCCUUAGUGGUAGCGUACGCCAUAGCAGGCACAGUGAACAUAGACUUCCAGACAGAGCCUCUAGGUACUGACCCUACUGGAAAGAGCGUUUACCUGCAUGAUAUUUGGCCUAGUCAAGAAGAAGUUCAUCAGAUAGAGGAAGAACAUGUUAUAUUAUCCAUGUUUAAAGCGUUGAAAGAGAAAAUAGAGAUGGGAAAUAAACGGUGGAAUUCCUUAGAAGCACCGGACUCAGUUUUGUUUCCAUGGGAGUUAAAGUCCACUUAUAUCAGAUGUCCUUCAUUUUUUGAUAAGCUUACCAAAGAGCCAGUCGCACUGCGGCGGAUUGAAAAUGCCCACGUCUUACUACACCUGGGAGACUCUGUCACCACAGACCACAUAUCACCUGCUGGGAGCAUCGCCAGGAGUAGUGCUGCGGCCAAGUACUUGACAAACAGAGGUCUUACCCCUCGUGAAUUCAACUCUUACGGAGCCCGAAGAGGUAAUGAUGCCGUGAUGACAAGAGGCACUUUUGCAAAUAUCAAGCUUUUUAAUAAGUUUAUUGGAAAACCAGCUCCCAAAACAAUUCAUUUUCCAUCAGGACAGACGCUAGAUGUAUUCGAGGCUGCAGAGCUGUAUCAGAAAGAAGGUAUCCCACUGAUUAUUUUAGCAGGAAAGAAAUAUGGUUCAGGAAAUUCAAGAGACUGGGCUGCCAAAGGACCAUAUUUGCUGGGUGUGAAAGCUGUUUUGGCUGAAAGUUAUGAAAAAAUUCAUAAAGAUCAUUUGAUCGGAAUGGGCAUAGCCCCACUUCAGUUCCUUCCGGGAGAAAGUGCAGAUUCCUUGGGCCUCUCCGGCAGAGAAACAUUUUCUUUAACAUUUCCUGAAGAACUGUCUCCUGGAGUGACGUUAAGUAUAAAGACAAGCACUGGAAAAGUGUUCAGCGUGACCGCUUCAUUUGAAAAUGAUGUGGAAAUAACAUUGUUCAAACAUGGAGGAUUAUUAAACUUUGUGGCCCGAAAAUUCUCAUAGUGUCUGCUCACCGUGGAUACUUGCCUAGCUGGUUACUGCAAACAAAACCUUUUGUACUGGACCCAGGCAUUGUCCCCAGGAGCUGCCGACAGGCCGGAUGCUCAUGCAUCUCAUCCACGGAUGUAAAUGACUGUGAAUCAACGUCGUGACAGAAUGAAAUCUUGAUUCUACAUAAUACAUGAAUGGUGCUAUUAACAUUGCUAAAAACGCGUGUGGCGUGUGUUGCGGAAGAGACCUGUAAGUAUGAGGGGUAUUUUAUCAGACCAUUUUGUAAAUAAAGGCAGAAUUUGAACUUGUGUUGAAGAUUCUUAUACGAAUAACCUCCCUGAAGUUGUCUGUUUAGUUUUGCACCUAUAAAACUGUAUACUACUGUUUGUUGGUUUAAGUAGGAGAUUAAAAGAAGCCAGAUUAGGCCCUGAAAUUGUGGGAGUUGCAAUCUGAUUGAUAGGUGGACUUUCAGAUAGAUGAAUUCCUUUUCAGAACUGUGCUGGAUAUAGUUGGCAUUCUUAGUUUGUAGCAUAAGCCAGGAUUCCCCUGUGUCCGUCUGACUGCAGGAGAUAGGACAGGACCUGCCUCAGACACAAUCAUUCUGUCUAGUUCAACAAGGUUUCCUCCACUUCUGAAGACAGACCAUGACAGAACACAACCGAUGCCGUAACACCACGUAUUAACAGCUGGCAUCGUCUUAACUGGGUUAUGUUCUUUUUCUCACCUGUAUGGUACUAUAACUCCCUGUAACCUGGCAUCGGUAACCAAAAGUUCACACUCAUUUUGAGUUGCUAAAGAGAACUUUAUUUAAUCAUUAAACACUAAAAUGGUUUCUUCUAGACUUUUAAGUUAUCCAUCCUCCAUUAUAUGGUUGCUCAACCCUAAGCAUUUUCAAAUGUUGGUUAUUUCUUUAUUUAGAUUGAUUUCCUGUCAUUUUGAGUCAUUAUUUUACCAGAGGUGCAUGAUUCUAUUAAUGGUGUUACAUUUUUGUUUUAACCAAAGCUGCCCAUCAGGAUAAAACGCUGUUGUUGCUGAGCACCGUAUUUUCUCUAGAUGUAUGUCUGUUUACCACCUCGAAUCUCUGUCAACAAGAAGUUGGGCAACUUCUAAUCUGGAUAAUUAAGUCCAGAAAGGCCUAUGCCCUUUUUUUAUAGAGAAAUGAAACUUAGCAGGCAAAAGGUUAAUUGUAGGGAUUUUUUUCACAAGAAGAUCUUUAUGUGACCAAAUUAAGUUACUGCAAUUCAGAAUUAGCUCACAUUGCACAGUAUACAGAAUGAUUUGUUUUAAGCUAAAAUGCUGAAACUACCAAACCAGUGGGUGAGGACCACUGAGACCUUUGCACAUAAUCAGUCUCACAAUCUUUUGAAAAUAUUCUACAGAUAAUGUUUAGACAAUUAGAUGGGCAAAAUGAUUUGACAAAAAUGAUUUCCCCUUUUUAUUUAAAUCAUUAAUAAAUGUUUUCUGUGGUACUUUAAAAUCAUACUGUGUUCUUGAUAUUUUUGUUAUGGUGUAUCUGUCAGUGCAUGUAUUUUUAAUGUACAUGAAAUUUACAUGAAAACAUGAGUUACGGAUGGAGCAUUUCUAAGUGGAAUGUUAAAAUACCUGUGACACGCUUUGAAGAAAUGAUAGUUUCAUAUGGUGGGGGGGGUUGGGGGGGCAUUGGUAUUAUUUGUAAGCAUACUAUAAUACAUAGCCUGUGGGCAGAGGCAUGGGCACCAUCACAAACAGCUGACCUAGAGAUGAAGGUGAUAAAGCCAGCUAGCUAGGAAUUAAGCACUUAAAUUUCUAGUCUACCUUGUCCAGUAGUAGUACAAGCAAACUUUGUAUUUCAGGAGCAGACUCAAGGUUUUCUUAAUCUCUCGUUCAUAUACAAUGAACCAAAAAGCCUGAUGAGCAUGGUUAUCAGUUGGGGAGGGCAGUUGUGGAUGUGUGUCGCGGCGUGUACCUUAUAAUUCUGCCUCUAGCCAAAUACUGUGUUUGCAGAAACGUGGCAUCUGUUGGUUGUAUUGUUUUAUUUAUCGCCUUUGUUAAUUAGAUCUGGAUAUUUUGUGUUUAAAAAACAAAUAUUGCAGGAAGGAGUUUAAUGGUUACAGAAGAAAAGAAAAGCAGUGCUAUAAACUUUGAGUACAUUAUACUCCAUGCAGUUGCCAUAUUUCAUGCCUUUGGGUUUUGUUACUCUUGUAAAAUGAAACCAGUGGAAAUGUCAUCCAGCCACUGAAUUGCCAUUAUUAUACCUGAAAAGUUUCCAGGAUGACAGUUACCAUCAUUUCCUGUUUUGUCUCCAGAUAUUCAAGGUGACAUUUGAAUGAGCAGUAUCAGAAUCCCUUCAACCAGUUUGCUCAGUUUUUCACUGGUGAUCAGACUUCAGUGGUACCAAAGGGGGAAAGUGCAGCUAAGACCUAAAUCAGUCCACGUCAUUUGCAUAUACUCAUAUGUGGUAACAGUGCUGUGUGCAUCACCUUGUCAGUGAUGCGUGCAUGACAGGACAGGGAGAAGUUAUUUGACUGACAUUUUUCUGUGGUUGAAUUACAAGACACCUUUUCUUUGUGCCUUUUGAUUUAGGAGAAGGUACUAAGAUUCUGGGUGUUGACUCUGUCUUAGUUUGAUCUGGAGUAAUAGAGAGGGAAAGGAGAUGGACUUAAGCUUCUUCACGGCCUUCACCUAAAUUGUGAGAGUGCCCGUGUUUCUAUCAAUUUUACAUAUAACAUGUAUCUCACUUAAGUACCUACAAAUCAUUGUCAAUUAUUUAAAGCCAACCAAACAGUGUAACAGUUUUAAGUUCAAUGUUAAGUAUUGUAUAGAAAUAUAUUGGAGGCAAAGUUCAAUUGAUGACAAUUGUGUAUAUGUUAUUGAUGCUGUAAAUUAUUUUUAAUAAAGAAAAUUGUAUUAUCACA